GUGAAGUUGAAAAGCUAUAGUCUCAAUUUAGGCUACCCCGCCUAUGGCGCCCAGUUUGUCAACGACAACACCGUCAUCGUGGCAGGCGGUGGAGGGGAUGGGAAUAACGGCAUUCCAAAUAAGAUGACUGCGAUCUUGAUCCAGCCUCAGAACUUAAAGAAGCCUAUAAAGAGAUACAGAGAAUUGACUUUGAACGAGAAUGAAGAUUCAGUGAUGUCACUCGGCGUGGGUAAUGGAACGAUUCUAGCCGGCAUCAACGAAAAUCCUCUCAUGAUGGCUAAAGGCGUCAAUAAACACUUGAGAAAGUUCAAAUUCGAAAACGAUCAUCUCAAAUUUGUGGAAAGUUGUCAAAUUCAUCCGAACACUAACUCUACUAUAUAUCAAAAAAUAACAGCAAUCUCAAAUGAUGGUUCGAUAGGAGUGAUUGUCAUGAGUGAUACACCUUCUUCCAUCUAUAUCAUCGAAACUGCUCACGAUCUGGAGGAGAAAUUCAAAAUUGUCACUGAUGGUGAUGUAAAAGACGUAACGAUUUCUUUGGAUGGGAAGCUCAUGUGCUACAUAACGUCAUCUGUAUUUGAGGUUAUCUCCCUAGUUACAGGGCGUUCUGUUUAUAAGACAAAUAUCGACUUCUUGAUGUCGAAAAUAAGGUUUUUAGAUAACAACGAGGUCAUAAUUAGUGGGGCCAAAAAUAAAGACACAGUCAUUGCCAAAUUCUCGAUUGCAAGCUCAAAAAUUAUCCAACAGAAAAUUGUGUUUAAGAAUUUAAAAGGAAUUACAUCAAUGGAUGUAAAUAUCAAAAAUAAUCUCACUGUUCUUGCUACUUCUAACUACUCACUACUUAUUGUCAGAACCUCGGAUUUGAAAGUCAUCAAGGUGUUAAACAAAGUCCAUGAUUUUGCCAUCACAAAAGUAGUAUUUUCAAAAAAUGGUUCAUAUCUGGCCUCUUGUUCAGCAGCAAAUACCGUGAAUAUUGUCGAAAUUCCUGAGAAUUUCGCAGCUUCCAAGUCAAUAUUGGCUACAGUUUUCCAGUACAUCUUUUCAAUAAUCAUGAUAGUAUUCCUAUCGAUGGGAGUACAAUUUCUGUAUGAGAAUGGAUACAUAAAUGUUGCAUAUACCAAGGCAUUGGAAAUGUAUGAACAUUACAAACCGCAAGAUUCUUCAGGAUAUUUCACAGUAGAAUCUAUC